CUGUGUGUCAUGAAGCUGUACCAUGACACAUCAUUUGGCUUGCUGGCAGUACUUUUUGGAAUUCACAGAACGACAGCGGCAAAUAUAUUUAAGGAAGCUAUCAUGAUCUUGGCCGGUGUGCUCAAACAUGCAAUAUUUCUGCCAAGCAAAGAAGCUGUCACAGCAUGUAUGACCGUGUAUUUCAAAGAGUACCCGGACACAAGGAUGGUGCUUGAUUGCACUGAAUUACCGUGUGAAAGGCCGAAGGACCUGAAGUCCAGAAUUCUAACGUAUAGCCAUUACAAGCGCACGUACACGGCAAAAGUGCUGGUAAGUGAGACCCCUGGUGGUCUUAUCAGUUAUGUCAGUGCAGCAUAUGGUGGCAAGGCUUCGGACUCUUUUAUAACUAAAGAUACAGGACUACUUGAAACUUGUAUUCCAGCUGUUGAUGCAGUUAUGGUAGACAAGAGAUUUCUAAUUCAAGAACUCUGCAAAGAGAAAAAUAUCAAAAUGAUCAGGCCGCCAUUUCUGAAACAGCCUCAGCUGACUACAGAAGAAGCAGUCACGAACCAGGCAGUUACAAGGGCCGGGGUCCAUGUAGAGCGGGCAAUCCAGCGCAUGAAGCUCUUCAAAAUUCUCCGAAACCGCCUGGAUCUGGACUUGUUGCCGUAUAUUGAUGCCAUCAUCACAGUUAUUGUGGGCACAACUAAUCUGUCAAAACCUAUAUUCAGUGAGAAACGGUUCCUCCGAAAUGAUGCAACUGCUCUGUAGUGAUCUGUUGUACACCCAGUGGUCGUUGUUAAACUCCUUCCCCCUGCUGUUUCAUUACUGAGGUCAGCUAUUUACUAGGUAAAUCACGGGACCAACACACACGUUUUUAUUUUUAGAGAGACUACUACCUCAUGUUCAUUGCACAAACAUCUCA